UUUACAGAGUUAAAAAAGGGUAUAAAUCUUCCUAAAACCAAUUCAGAAUGGCUAACGGCUAACGAACAUUUCAAAUUUUCACUAAUGUCUAAUCCACCAAUCACAAGUGACGAUUUAAAUAUAUCAAUUAAACUACUAAAUGACACCAUUUACACCUACUUUGCUGGAAACUUCGGGUUUGUGGAACGUCUGCCGGAUAAAUUACUCAAUGACAAAUACAAGGAUCACAGCAUAAAGGACUUGAACAAAGCAUUGAAACUACUUAAAUUAUCCAACUUUGAACUUGCCGAAAUUAGAUAUGUCUCUCGUCUCGUGCGAAAUAAGCUCAAAUCUAACACAACUAAUGAUAACAUGCAUAAUAGUACCGAUGAGUCGUUUAACCACGAUAAAUACUUUGAACGUAAUUUCUGGAGAUAUGUCAAGAGAGUCAUAAAUUGCAGUGAAUCGAUUCUCCCUGCCUUCAAUAUGGACGACUGUUUAAAGUACUUUAAGACAGUCCUGACUAAGGUCAACCCAAACAAAAUAUUUCAAAUUCCAAGUUGGAUUCCAAUGUUACACGAUCCCAUUACCGAAUUUUACCUUGAACCUCCAACUUACCGACAAAUAACAAACAUUAUUCGCAAAAUGAAAACAUCUGGCUCACCUUGCUGCCUCCUCCACAGGCGUCUAUUAUUCCGGCUAUUGAAAGUGGAAAAUCAUUCUGCUAUUUAG